AUGAGCUCGACACAAGAAUGUACGCUAAACGCUACUUCGCCGCCAACCAUCUUUUCGCCAAGAAGUGACGCCGAAAUCUUUACACAAGUUACAGUGCUUGUUAUUAUUUGCGUCGGCAGCGUUUUUGGAAACGCUUUCGUCGUAGGAAUUAUCAUCUCCAACUACAAACUACACAAGCCGACCUACUACUUCAUAAGCAGCCUAGCCGUUGCCGAUUUUCUCGUUGGGGCCCUUUACAUUCCGUUUUACAUCGCAUCUUCAGUCGCCCGUCACUGGCAGCUUUCUUUCGCUUGGUGUAAGUGGCACGCGGCCUUUAUUUCACUGAGUGUGAACGCCUCGCUCAUGACUCUGUGUUUGGUAAGCGUGGAUCGGUUUCUCGCGAUAACAGAUCCUUUGAGGUAAGCUUGUCCAAACCCAAUUAAUUUGGGAGCUUAAGCAACGACGAAGGCGACGGCAACGAGAACAGCAAAAAAGCAAUAGGUUUGUAUUAGCAAAACAACUUUGCACGUUUAUCGCGCUUUUUUGUGCAUUUCUUUGCCCUCGUUGCACUACAACAACGUCAGUGAAAUUGCCCGUUGUCCCGUUUUGUCGAGGGCGGGAACACAAGACAACAACUUUCUUUUUCUUCUCCUAAAAUUUGAUACAGUCCUUUAGAAUUCAACUCGAAAAAAAUUGGCCAGCAUUUGACGAUUUAAACUAGAUGGAAUAGGCGCGAUAAAGUUUGAGGUAGCGCGAAGUCACCCAAAUGACGUUUUCGUGGCCUCCGCCAUCGUUGUUGCAGCAUCGAAGGAACGAAUUCAUUCAAACCAAGCAAAAAUAUAAUAAACACACAGUUAAAGCUAUAUGACUGUAAACUAAGUCUACUCAAAAGCAAUUAAACACAAUACAUAUAUUUUUAACCAUAUAAAGGUGCAACACGCAAGCAAUAUUUCUUUAGCCUGCUUAUCGGCUGCAGUUGUGUGGGAUCGAACAAAAUGUUUCUAUGACAUAUUGUCGUUAAAAUACUCUGUUAUAUUUUGUUGUGGAAACGACAAGCAUAAGUUUGAUUCAGAUCACAAAAGUACAACAAAAAAGAGAACUGAACAAGACUGAAAUUUAACGUACAUUAUUAACUUUUGAACACUUUCUAAUAAAGUCACUGACCGACCCUUAAGGUUGAUUUCAAUUUCAGAAAAACCGACUUUCUUCCAGAUUCGAUGUGCUCUAGCUAGAUAGCGAGACCAACCAGAGCCAUUCUUCCGAUCAAAUACCAAUGAUUGGUUUACACAUACGAUCAUGUAGCGCGCGUAAGAACAAACAGAACAAGAAAUACUCACAGAGACACAGGAACGUUCUAAUAGGGAACCUUUUGCAACAAAAAAUUACAACAAAAGGAUCUCAUCUUAAGCGUGUUGUCGAAUUUUUAUGAGGCUUCCGACUUAUUUCAGUAAGCCAGGACUAAAAAAAGACACCCAGAAAGGCAAAAAGAAAGGGCAUUUCUACAUUCGCUCAAGCCAAAAAGGGAAGUUGUUACUAGCCUUAAUCACAUCCGUGCAAAAAAAAGACAAUCUCAUGUUUUUAUUUGUUGUCACCUGUAUUUCCUUCAUCCUGAAGAAGUUACCGGGCUUAUUUACUCAAGUUUUGUUAUCACUUCUUUGAAACAUUUCAAAGGUAAUGAUAAAACGAGGGUUUUGCUAUCGUCUUUGCAACUUAAUUACCAAUUCAGAUGUAAAUUAACCUUCCAAUAGGUGUCAUUAUUUUAGAAAUAUAUUACACGUUCGACCAUAGAUACGGUCUUUGGAAGGGAGUUUUUAAGUGUUAGCAGAUAGCCUGGUGCAAAUUAAAUCCGUCUCAGUAAUUUCAGUAACUCUUGGCUUUUUGAUCAAAGCAGAUAAAGGUAUUAAUGAAAACGGAAAGAGGGGCUUAAGGAUACAAGCAGUAUUUAAACACCUCGGAAAAUUAAUAUUGUCCCUAGCUUCCGCUAGCUUCUAGCUUCGCAAUACUUCCAAAUGGUAUUAACUGUUUGCCGCUCAGUAUUUUGCAAGAUGUCCCACUUUUCACGACUUUUUACAAAGGAGGAUAUUUUACUAUGACUUUCCACGAAGUUUGAGGCACGAUAAAGUUAGAAAAUGCGGUUUAAAGAAAAAAAAUGAAAACUAAGAUAGGAAAAGAAUGAUGUUCAACAAGACAAUCUGGUUUAAAGCAAAGUCUGUCGAGAGUUGUGGAUUUAUUUUGCAGCUGACUAUAAGGAAAUGACUAUAAAAAAAAAUUCGCAGCGAAACGUAAACUUCCAAUUAUAAGCACUCGGCUUAAACUGCGUAAGGAGUCUUAGGACGGGUUAUAAACGGGGGAGCUUAUAUCUGGGAGGGCACGAGACUAAAAAAAAGCGCGUUUCAAAACAAGCUACAUAGCAGCGCUGAUCCAAAUACUUUUUGAAUUUACUCGCUUUUUUAAGCUUCAAAACAGUAUAAAAAUCGAAUUCAUUUCAAUACAGGCUAGAGGGAGAGGGGGGCGUAUACCCGAGAGGCUUAUAACCGGAUGGUUUUUUUCUUUGUUUGCAGGUAAACAAUAACUGGUGCGGGGGGGGGGGGGGGGGGAAUAUAAGCGGCAGUUUACGGUAUCAUAUCAACAGAACAAAAAAAAAAUUCAGAUUUUAAUUGCAAUCGUAAUUCAAAAAACAAGCAACAGACGAAUUAGAACUGAUUUUGAUUCCCAGGCAGAGGAGUUGCAGAGUGAUAAACUAAAAAUUAAUGGAAAUUAAGAAAAUAAACGGACAUAUUCCAUACAAGUUAAUUUCUUAUUAACAAAGUAUUUCUUAUCCUCCUAGAUACCAGACCACACUUACCACUCGUCGUUCAGCGCUGUUACUGCUGGGGGGCUGGAUCCACUCUAUCCUCUGGGCUGUUUCACCGCAGUUGGGCUGGGGCGAGGUCGUGUAUGAUUCCAAGACCUCCACUUGUCGUCCAAACUGGGGUGCACGAGGACUGGGUAAUAGGUUGUAUGCUCUUGGCCUUGCUCUGUUUCCCUUUGCUGUUCCAGUGGUUUGCAUGGUGUAUUGCUACUGCAGAAUAUUCUGUGUUGCCAGGCAACAUAUCAAGAGCAUUAAAAAGAAUUCGGUGCAGAGCUCGGGCUCUAAUACGUCUUACCAAAGAGCUAUGGAAACAAAAGCCAUGAAGACACUGCUGCUAGUAUUGGGGGCGUUUGUUGUGGCAUGGCUCCCUUACACCGUGUCUUCUAUUGUUACCAUGACGACCAAAGGAACAUGGGAUAUCUCCAUAAGUGGUCUGAACGCAGUGCUCACGAUCACUACUUUGAAUGGCUGCGUGAAUCCGGUGAUCUACGGCAUCAGAGACCAGCGGUUUCGCUCGGGAGCGAGGAGGGUGCUAUGUCCGCAGUCAUCAAGGGGUGCGAGCGAUUUCAACAGCUACGCAUCAACAAGGAGACCCACGAACACAGAAAUACAAGAGAAUGUUGAGCUAGGAAACAUCAACUUCGCUCAAGAGCAUUGA